GAACGCUCGACAACGUUUUGAAUUGUUUACGUUCGAGAAAGAGCCAGCGUUGUCUGGUCUGGACCUCAAAGUAAAGUUACAUAUAUCCGAAAAUCCUCACGGUUAUGCAUGAUGUCAACCACAGAAGAGAAAUUCAUUCCUCCUGUCAACCAGGCGGUAAAGAGGGAGUUAGAAGAUGAUGUUGAUGAUAAGAGAGCAGUUACAAAGAAGUCACGCCAGUGCCCUUACUUGGACACCAUUAAUCGUCAUAUGUUAGAUUUUGACUUUGAGAAAUUGUGCAGUGUGUCACUCUCAAGAAUCAAUGUGUAUGCCUGUCUGGUUUGUGGGAAAUACUUUCAAGGACGUGGACCCAAUACACACGCAUAUACCCACAGUGUGUCAGAUGGUCAUCAUGUGUACCUCAAUUUGCAGACUCUACGAUUUUACUGCUUACCCGACAACUAUGAGAUUAUUGAUUCAUCUCUUAAUGACAUUAUAUAUGUUGUGAAUCCAACCUUCACAAAGGAAUACAUUGCAAAGAAAGUAAACCAGAGUAAGAUGAGCAGAGCAUAUGAUGGUACUCUUUAUCUUCCUGGCAUUGUGGGCUUGAACAAUAUCAAGGCUAAUGAUUAUUGUAAUGUAGUAUUACAGGCUUUGUCAAAUAUCACACCUCUAAGAAACUACUUCCUAGAUCCCAAUAACUACAGCCACAUUCACCAUGCACCAGGUACUAAGGACGCAAUGUUUCCUCUCAUUACAAGAUUUGGUGAAUUGGUUAGGAAGUUAUGGAACCCAAGGAAUUUCAAGGCUCAUGUUUCUCCUCAUGAAAUGUUACAAGCAGUAGUAUCAUGCAGUAGAAAGAAGUUCCAGUUCACAGUACAAGGUGAUGCUAUUCAGAUUCUAUCCUGGAUAUUGAACUCCAUGCACCUUGGUCUGAAAACACCAAAACGUAAAAGCACAAUCAUUUACCGCUGUUUUAGAGGGACCAUGAACAUCUACUCACAGAAGAUCCUUCCUGUUGAGAUAGAUGAGAAAAAGAACCGGCUCUUGAAGUGUGAGGAGUACCAGGAAAAGAUGGAGGAAAGCCCUUUCCUUUACCUUACAUGUGAUUUGCCUCAGCCUCCAUUAUUUAAAGAUGAAAAGAAGGAGAAUAUCAUACCACAGGUGAGCUUGUAUGUCCUCCUGAGUAAGUUUGAUGGCAAAACUGGAAAGGAAUAUCAGACCUACAAAGAAAACAUCUUGAAGAAAUUCCAGCUGACUGGCUUGCCCCCAUACCUCAUCCUGUACAAUAAGCGUUUUACAAAGAACACUUUUUACAUUGAGAAGAAUCCUACAAUUGUCAAUUUCCCAGUGAAGAAUAUUGAUUUGACAGAGUAUUUGACAGAGGAGGUAAAGCAAAAACACCCAGAACCCAUUUAUGAUUUAGGCAAUAUUGUGCAUGAUGGUGAGCCAGAGGCAGGAACCUACAGAUGUCACAUACUCCACAAGGGCACCGGAAAAUGGUAUGAACUGCAAGAUCUUCACGUUAAAGAAAUUGAGCCUCAGAUGUUAACUUUGACUGAAUCAUAUAUUCAGAUCUAUGAGAUGCAAAAUUGUGUUGUAAAAACACACGACAAAGAUGCAAAGGCAUGAGGUGAGAUAAAGAAGAGAAAAAAUAUUUUUUUCUAAAUUUCCCAUUCCUAGGAAAUAUUCCAGCAAAAUACAAAUUUUGCUCAAAGAAAUGGCUUUUGAAGAAUUGCCUAUUGACACUUUGUAUUUUUGAUAUGAUAAACUGAAGACCCAAAGGAGUGUGACUAUAAAACAUUUUAAAUUAAGUGUGAAAGCAACAGAGUAACUAGGUCUUUGGGUCUUUAAGUUAGUUUUCAAGUCUGCUUGAUAUCUUACACCAGGGUUGAUUCUUCCACACAUUAUUGACCAGGAGGAUAUAUUUUGCAGAUUAGAAUUCUACCAUUGUUAUACUUUGUAAGCCUAAAAUCUUGUUAAUAAAACACAGAUUGUUUGCAUUAUUUUUUUCUAUAAAGCUACACUCUGGAACAUACGAAAGGCUAAAGAAUGCAGUAUCAGUUUACAUAUUAAAACGUGCAUUUGAUGUCCAGGAUUAUAUCGUGGAUCAUCAAAAAAAGUGGAAAGUUAAUCCUAUACAAGACUAAAUACACAGCAGGAAUUCUAAUGAAGACAAAUGUUACAGGAAUUAACAAAGCUUCCAGGAAGGGCUUACUCGGUGAAAUUUUCAGUAUUACAAUAACACAAAUAUCUGUUAUCAUUUCUACUUCAAAUGAAGAAAGAAAGAAAAUAUGAAAACUUUUUUACUGUAGUGUACCAGCUAACAACCAGUAGCAGAAUAUACGUCCUUUUGCCCUGCUGGAACAUUAACUAAAAUAAAGGUUGAUAUGCA